CUGACAUCGCUGAUGCUUAAUUUUUGAUACAUAAAUCAACUCAUUUUUAUAGAAAACAUUUGUCAACCAUUUUUUGCUUUAUUGACUUCAACUCCAAUUUCUAAUUUCAACUUGAGAAAUACUUUAUUUCCAACUCUUCUUCAAUCGAUCCACCUUCUCGAUCUCCACUCAAAAAGUUUCCUUUAAAUCCGAGAGGAAUGGUACAGCGAGAAGUCAGAGAAAAGUUGUCGGGAAAAAAUUCAAAUUUGAUUUUUGGCCGGACCUUGAAGCUUCUUCGGGUGUUGGAUUCAGGGGCUUCUCUGGAAAUCGGUUAUUCCCCGGAAAUUACGUUUCAUGAACUCGAGAUUCUGCCUUAACUCGUAAUGGCAAAGACACGAAGACUUGGCAUGUUAUUGGUGCUUAUUUUUUUGGUACUUGCAUCCAAGGGCGAGGAUGAUUUCUCCUACUGUGAAAGCAUGGUUAGGAAGUGGGCUAAAUCUUCAGCUGGCAAUAGAAUCAAGGCAGACAAGCUGACUCUAAAGGAUUUUUUAUUUUUCUUACAUGUUCCAAGAACAGGAGGGCGAACUUAUUACUCUUGUUUCUUGAAGAAACUAUAUGCUAACACCGAUGAGUGCCCCCGUUCCUACGACAAAUUACGUUUUGACCCAAGGGAAACUAACUGUAGAUUACUUGCUACUCAUGAUGACUAUAGCUUGAUGUCAAAGCUGCCCAAAGAUAAAACUUCGAUGAUAACAAUAUUAAGAAAUCCAAUUGAUCGUGUUUUUAGCACAUAUGAAUUUUCAGUGGAAGUUGCAGCUAGGUUUCUUGUACAUCCAAAUUUAACUUCAGCUACACAAAUGACUAAAAAUAUGAAAUCCCGAUCUCGUGGAGUAAGUACUCUAGAUAUAUGGCCAUGGAAGUUCCUUGUUCCUUGGAUGAGAGAAGACUUAUUUGCCCGGAGAGAUACCAGGAAGCAUACUGAAGUUCGAAGCAUUAAAGGCAAGCAAAAUCCAUAUGACAUGCAUGAGUUUGUUAUGCCUUUACAUACUUUUGUUGAUGACCCCAUGGCACAUGAAAUUAUUCACAAUGGAGCCACCUUUCAGUUAGCCGGGUUAACAAACAAUUCGUUCCUUGCUGAAGCUCCUAAAAUACGGCGCUGUGUUAGAAGGCACCCAAACCUCGAUCACUAUGUUUUAGAAGUAGCUAAGGGUAGAUUGGAUCAUAUGUUGUAUAUUGGACUCACCGAAGAUCACAAAGAGUCAGCAACAAUAUUUGCCAAUAUGGUUGGUUCACAAGUACUUUCUCAGUCAGAAGCACUAAGCUCCCUUGGUGAAGAAGUAACAUCUAAUAAAACAGGAACGAACUCUUUCCAGGAUCCUGAAGAUGGUGGGGAAAAUCAGGAUCAGAGAAGUACAGGCGACAACAAACUUGGAGAAGAUGCUCCAUCGUUAGAUGCAGAAACAACAGAUGAGAAUAUGACUGUUGAAAAUCUGUUGGAGGCCUAUGAAACAUGUACAUCUGCUUUGCGAAAAACUCAAUCUAAACGCCGGACAAUUUCUCUAAGGAAGAUCGCUCCUGCUUACUUUUCAAAGGAGGCACGCCUUCAGGUUCCUCAAACGGUAAUCCAGAAAAUAUUAUUGUUGAACAGCCUUGAUGUAGAUUUGUAUAAACAUGCACAACAACUCUUUAUGGAGCAAUCGAAGCACCUUAUGCAAAAUGGCCAACCAAAAUCUGAACCGCAAAAUAAGUAUCGUCUAUCUGAGAUGGAAACACAGGAGGCACGUUAUAACCUUUAUAUGACUUGGAAGGUUUUAUCGCUAAUUUCUACAACAUUGUUAUUUGUUUUUGUUGGCGUUUUUGUAACAACAAAGAGAAGAAAUUCAAAAAUUAAGGUUUGAUUAUGUUUAAACUUUGUCAAAAUGUAUUGUGGAAAAAAAAUGUGCCAAAGCGGUCGAGGCUGUUGUAUUGCUUUGUAAGGGAAGCAGUAUCACAGUAGUUUUGCAGUGUAAUUGUAUUGUUGCUAAAUCCAUUGAUUUUUGGUGGUCUUUAUAUGUGAA